ACCAGCAGGUUCAGGCGCUUGGGUCGGUGUCUCGCGUAGCAUCCAUGGAGCAGAUUAACAAGUGGAACAUCACUACAGUGGACACACUAGCAGCACUGAUGGACAAUGGCAAUGGAGAAUGGGACUCCGACAAAGUAGGGAUAUUUAACUUUACACCAACAAUGUCAUUAAAUGGUGUUAAAAAAACAACAUGAUAAACAUUUGGCUUCUAAAAGGUGUGCAUUUGGUAGAUUUGAAUGAGUUGGCUUUUCGAUUUAAAUGUAUCUUUCAUCUUCCUUUCUCAAUUUCAGGCCAAAGUUAUUGUCACCAAGUUCUUAAGUGCUGGCAAUUCGCUUGGAGCCUCUGAAUUGAAUUCAAUUGGAGGGCCUAACCUGGGCGCACUGGAUCUCAGUGUGUUGCAAGGCAUCAGAAAUGACAGUCUCCAAGAUGCAGAUGCUCUGGAUGCUGAGAUCGCCUUUCCUAUCAACUUCAUCCAAACCUGCGCCACUGCAGAUCAGCUAACAUCCUACCAGACAUACCUGGGAGGUGCCAUUAUCACCUACAUACGGAGUCUGUCUAGGGUCAAUAUUAGCAUGGACAUCAACACUUUUAUUGGUUUGGAUUCAGCUGCUGUCCAGGCUCUUAGUGUGAGUGAAGUGUCUGGACUCCUCGGCUCCAACCUAAAUUUACUGAAAACCUUUGAGAAUACCACUGUAGUGCAGAACUGGGUCUCAAAGCAGUUACAGUCGGAGCUUGACAAGCUGGGUAUCAGUCUGACCGGAGGAAGGGUGGAUUCAAACACCACCCCCAUGACAACAAAUACUGCCACCACCAUCAAAAAUACAACUUCCAGCCAGAGCAGAGGCACAUAUCCAGCUCCUCUGCUUUUCAUGUUUGGUCUCUUGUUCAUUGCAGUGCAAAUGUAGAUUCUAAUAUUGCAAGAGAAGCAUUAUAAUUUAGACCAGGUUGCAUAAUUAUCAUAUCACGUCUUAAUAUUACAUCUAUUUUUGUAAUCUAUUUUUAAAGAAGACAUUAAAAGCUGACAUUAUAUUUGACAGCCAAAUGAGUGCAGUAUGCAAUAAAUAUCCCAUAUAAUAUAUAGUGUUUUAUGAACUCCAUUGCUCCAAUUGUAUUUUCUAUUGGUUAAUCAUUAAUAUUAAUAUAACUACUGUAGGUUAUUUAUCAUCUACUACAUUUUAUAUAUAUAUUUUAUUUUUGUUUAUUUAAUUUUGUAUGUUGGGAAUGGGAAAGAAAUACAGAUUAAUAUGAGGGUGUUCUGUUGUGGGUUUUACUAAGAAGGGCCACUUUAAUCUGCCCGAAAUGCUUUUCUCAAAGAAAGGGAGAAAGAUGUGACUUUUAAAUUAAAAUGAAAAAGCGUCCAAUUUGAUUUCCUAGUUUUAUAUUUGCUCGUCAAUGUUAUUAUUAUUUACGGAACAUGGUUUUACUUUGUUCAGUUGAUGGUUCACAAUAGUGAUAGGCCUAAGAAACUGCAUGGGUCAAUCAGGAUCAAAGAAAUCAAAUGGGUACGACAAAACUAUGCCCAUCAUCAGCAAAUGAAAAUACCAGAGAAAAAGAGGCCCAACUCGGCGGAAAAUCUUUCUCCCUGCAGCAGGUGGCGUUUUUUCGUUGUUUCGCCCACCAUGCAAGGAGGUUUGUAUGGAGGGCAAUGAGAUGGUCGAAUUUGUUCAACAACAAAAAAUAAUGGCUUGUUUUCUACGUGAGGUUUAUUUGGUCGAAUAUAACUUU